AACAACUCCGGGUAGCAUCGAUGAGCAGAGCCCACAGCCAACCAAGCUUGGGGGGUUGGUCGUCUCCUGAAGGAGGCGGGGCGCUCGGUUGCUAGGGCCGCGCCGUUGCUAGGGCAGCGGCUGCCGCCACCGCGCUCUGCUGCGGCCUUCCUGUCCCGCCGCCGCCUUCCCGGGGACCGGGGCGAUGGUGAAACUCGCUGCCAAGUGCCUCCUGGCAGGAGAUCCAGCUGUGGGGAAGAGUGCUUUAGCCCAGAUGUUCCGCAAUGAUGGGGCUCAUUUUCAGAAGAACUACACACUGACAACGGGCAUAGAACUGUUGGUGAAGGCUGUAUCAAUUCCAGAGACAAGUGAUAGUGUGGAAUUCUUCAUUUUUGACUCUGCAGGAAAAGAUCUAUUUUCUGAAAUGCUGGAGAAACUGUGGGAGCAACCCAACGUCCUGUGCCUUGUCUAUGAUGUCACUAAUGAGCAAUCUUUCAACAACUGUGCCAAGUGGUUGGAGAAGCUGAGGGCUCAAGCAGUUGGAAGGCACAUCCCAGGUGUCUUAGUGGGGAAUAAGACAGACCUGGUUGGUCGUCGAGUUGUGGAGCAGAAACAAGCAGAGCAGUGGGCUGAGAAACAUGGCCUGGCGUACUGUGAGAUGUCCGUGAAGGAGAUGAAAAAUUUUGAGGCACCUUUCCACAUCCUGGCAAAGUCAUUCCACCAACUGUACAAAGAGAAAGUGGAAACUUUUCACUCACUAGCUUGAGGGCCGUGACUGGGAUGACUUUUUUAUCCUCUUAGCUUUUUCUAGCGCCCGGAAUCCUGCAGGAUGGAAUACAGAGAGAAGAAAAGAUGAGCUAUUUGCUGCUUCAUGGUCAUCUUCUGGUAAUUCAAAAUAAACUAGAAAUAAGCAAGUGGAAAGACACUCUUCUGAAGUUGCUACCUCAGCAUUCCUUUCAUGUCCUCUAACUUGGUUCUCUGCUCACUGAAAGUCUGCUGCGUUGGAGGAGGUGGGGAGUAAAAGGGGAGGGCAGAAUGGAAAUUGCCAGCUCUUUGCUUUGAUAUUGUCUUGUCUCUUGUCUGAACAGGCUUCCUGCUGCUACAAGCCAGGAUUUAGAGGUUUGGAGGAGAGAGGAAACUGACAGGAUGUUUUUCAACUUAAGCAACUCAGCCUUGAUGCCUAUAUUGCAGGGCGGGACUGGUGUGUCCCUGCCACUUGAAAAGCAUUUUCAGUAGGGGACCUGUGCCUUAAAACCAACACAUAGAGACUGAGAUGUGCGGGGACAGAGCUCGCUUUAGGUGUGUUUUUAGGAGCGCCCAGAGUUUGAGGCCUUUUUUAACAGUGUUAAUCUUAUCAGUCAUAGGACUGAUAUGUUGAUGACUAAUAUGUGUUUCUGAGAAUCUGGUUCUUUUAUUCGACAUGGCUCACUUUCACUGCCUGGUAGAAACGAUCUGGCAUCUGUGCUAUUGUCACUUGGUAAUGCAGUGCCCUCUGCUGGUCCCAGGUCACAAGAUUUCUGAAGCUACCUCUCUUGGAGUGAGCAGGAUUUCCUACAGGCACAUCCAAAUUGGCUUAUCUGCAACAUGUGGUCAGGUGGCAAGAAUACCUGUUUUAUUCUGAGUCCAAAAUUUUAAAGAAAUUAUAUUUUCUUCAUGUCUGUGUCAUUUCAUGUGGUUUUGUGUCAUUUUUGUUUUUGUCAGCUGAACUUGGCAAUACCAAGUUCAGUUCUCAAUCCUUCACUAGAAUCAGAGUCCUCUUUGUUGUUAAACUUUCCCUGCUUGUCCUUUAAUUUCAGAUUAAAGACCAUGAUUCUGAUGUCACUAGUGGAAACAGGACUCAGGAAAUGAAAGCCAACCUGGCUAAGUUCAGAAAGGGUAAAAGCCUAGAGAAAACUGCUCUUAUGUGUGGAGUGCUGAUGUUGCACGUGUGAGAGUCUGCUAAUGCAGUAUGUGAAAGCAUCCAUGGUAAGGUACUGCCUUGUAACUGAGCCUAACACCAAGGAGUUCAAAAGUGUAACCAUCUUCUUCUCCCAGAUUACGUUAGCCCCCCUUGGGCAAGGGAAGCUGGAUUUUGUAGAGAGUAACCACUGAGUGAAUUUUCAGGCAGGAUUUUCAGGAAUCUGUUUCAAGACUUUUAAAUGUGCAUUUUAUAACCAUUUUUAUGCCCAAUGCUAGGAAAAGUACAUUAGAUUGAACAUAAGAAAUAUGGCUGCAGAUGUUGUAGUUGAGUUUAUGAAGCACUUCGAGAAUCUAGCAGCUGGGCUCAUUUCACUGGCAGCAGUGUUGGUGCCAGGAAUUAGCUAGGGAGCAUGAAUACCAGCUGAAGAGGUUAAGUAGAAACUCAGCCCACAAGAAAAGAAAAUGACUAGGUUCUUUUGCUGGAAGCCACCUAAAAAAAUACCAGAAACAGCUGGGAAAACUCUUGCUUCCUCCAAAGAAGGAAGGGCUCCUCCAUGGCCUUAGGGUAACGAGGAAUCUCACUGCUUUUUGGAUUGGAUUACUGUUACUGGCAUUUUUAUUUUACAUGGGUUCUCUUGUUAAUUCUGGGUGGGUGUCUGUUGAUUUACAUGGGCUGAGUAGAGUCUUGCCUGCAGGUGCUAGUACGUCCGACUAUUAAGAAUACAAGUUAUUUUGGAUGCUAUGCUGGUCUAAUUAAAGAACUAAAGUUUUGUUUUGAUUUGGUAGAUCAUUUUGCCCCUGGUUCUAUUGAUGAUGUGAUUACAACACAAGACAGAUAUUUUUUCAUAUUGAAAAAUAGCAUGCCAGGUGUGUAUGCCACCUGUGAAGUGGUAUAUAGAGGGGACGAACGCCUUGGGAAUAGGUGAUAAAGUGAAUCCUAUGCAGUCUCUAACCAGCGAGGUCAAUCUCCGCACCAGAAGGACCUCCUAUAACUUCAAAUGAACAGUCUAAAUACACCGCUAAGAUGAAGAUUGGUGAACACUGUUUUAUUAAAUGAAUGCAAAAGCUGGAGGAUCUCAUUAAGGGAAUGCUUGCAGUAGUGAUUUGUGAUUUAUAGGGAAGCUGCUUUUGAGAGGUUAGUGAAGAAAAAUGCAUCCCAUGCAGGGAAAGAUAUAUUGCCUGAGAGAGAGAAUGUGUGAUCUAAUUAGCUAGCAGUAGGAAUUCACCCACUGCCCCUUUCCCUCUUCCCACAUGCCAUGACUGGAAUUAGAGAAGGGAUUGUGUCUGAAGCAUGUUGCCCAACUUGCUUUUUACAGGACUAUUUCAAGCACUAAUGUAGACACAAUUUAAUGUCCUUCAAAAUGGUAUGUUUGACAAUAACCACCUUAAUCCUUCCAAAUGCAUUUUAAAAGCAUAAGAGACUAAUGUGCUAUAUAAUACCAGCAUGAUGCAGGUGAUGCUCGUUGCUAUUUUCCUAACUUAUUUGUGACCUUGGUUGUAGAGGCCAGUAGUGAAGAGCGGGUAGAGAACCUGGGAGCCAGAUACAGGUAGGCUGUGGAAAGUAGUUCUGUGUCUGUGUGAAGGAGUUUAGGGUAGUGAGUGGGUAACCUGGACAAACAGGGAGAGCAAGGGUCUGUAGCCAUUAAGUUUCUCUUAACGGUGUUCAGUAACUGUUGUGGUCACAUCUAUAGGGUGAGAAUGCACAUUUGCUGCUCAGAGCCUUAGCAUCACUCUGAAUUACAGACACUGUGGAGAGCAGUGGGAGGAAGGCAGAAAGCCUGUCUGCUGACCGGGAAGCUGCUUGUCUUCUUACAGCUUCCCUGUUUUGUCCAACUGUGCAGUGCUGCAGGUGCUCAGCAUGGAUGUUUACAACCCAGAAGAGACCUAGGUCAACCAGAACUGAAAUUUCAGAAGAAAAAGGAGGAAACAAAGAGGCCUAUAACUGUUUUUAAGAGAUACAUAGUGCUUCUUUUUCCUGCUUUCUGGUUUGAUUAGACAAAACCCAUUUUUAGUUCCUUGGAGGCCCUCCUUCUUACCUUUCCUUUGGUCCUCAUGGUUCUGCUGUGCAGAAUCCCUGUUAUACUUGUGUCCUGCUUUACUUAGCUUGAUACAUCACCAGCUGAUUUUUUUUUAUCCUAAUUUCUGCAUUAUCUGUUCCCAAGGCUGCAAGACAUUUCUUCUUACAAAGAUUAAUAGACAAAAGAAAACAAAAGUAGAAUUUUUAGUUAAAUUGUCUUGGAAGAAAGAACCUUAAGAAGCUGACUGACAUUCUGUAAUUCUACUGGAAAUUCGUUUGUGUAAAGUUGUCAUAUUAAAGAAGAUUUAAUGGUUUGGUUUUGUCUUGCCAGACACAUUCUACUAUGGAGUGAAAUGCAGGAUGUAAAAUUCCAGCAAGAUCAGGUUUUAUUGUGGGAGUUAAUAGGAGUUUCAAAGCUGAUCAUACUCUGAUAAGACCUGUUCAGCUUUAACAAUGGAAUGGUCACUGCUGUUCAUAAUAAAGCAUUAAAUAUACUGAAA